GGCAGCCGGCGAACUCGAUGUUGGUGGUAUGGGUUUCCCAGUAACAGGCAUCCCACUUGUCCUGAGGAAGGCCCAUAGGGGCUGUCUCGGGCAUGGUGAUCUCAGCGUCGCCUCCGACCGUGAAAGUGUUCGAGUCCUCCUGGCGCUCCUCAACGCGCGCGCGGGACAGGCGGCGGUCCCUGUCAGCGGAGCGACGGCUCUUGCCGCUCUUGCCGAUGGAGCCGGAAAUGCUGCCAGAGAUGGUGCCAGAGACGAGCAGUCUGGACCACGACCUUGUUGUUCGUGGGGCCUUCGAGCCAGGAGCUUCCCUGAUUGAUAAAAGCCUGUCUGUUGUGGCCAGGGAGGCCCUUGAUGGAGCUGCCGGCCGACCUCGCGGUCUGGCUCACGGUCCUGCCAGCGGUGCCCGCUGCACGGCCGAUAGCGGCGCCCAGGCCGGCGGCCUCAGCGCUCUGUUGCAGGGCGAGAAGGAGGACAAUGUUCGUGAUGAAAGCGUCGCCGUGCAUGGUGAAUGCCUUUUGACUGCGGCAAUCACGUCUUUUACUCCAACGUCCAAAGCCAUCGGCUUUGGAACAACUCCAACGUCACAAACAAAUCCGACAACCACUGCAUUUCUCUCCUCCGACGCCCGUUCACCUUACGCCGCAAGCCACCAAGGCAACUCAGCAUACGCAGUCUCUCGGAAUUCGGAUGAGUUAAUGAUAUCAUGCAAACUCCGUCCAUCCAUUCACAACGGAUUCUGAUCCAAUCCUCAAGCUAAAGCCCAUGAAGAUCAUACAGCAACCGUCUGCACGUUUCGUUUAGAUGAUGGCAGUGGAUACGUGAUUAAAGUGGGGGAAGAGAGACAUACAUCCCCAGUUUACCAACGGAAAUAUGCUAUGUCCGAUACUUCUACUCCGAUAGUCAAGCUCCCUAAGACAAUAACCAUUAGUAAGCCGUCUUCACAUGU